AUGUCGACGGGGGCACCGUCGCUGAGCGUGGAUCUCACACCACCCUCCAUUGGACACAAUCAUAACCAUGGUCAUAGUCGCAGUCAUGGCCACUCUCGAUCCAACCGCUGGGCGCAACCUCCGCCUCCCCUCUCACAGCCAACUGGUACCAGCCUUCAUGAACACCCGGAGCCAAUCAAUGCUGUGAAACCGAGUUAUUCAUAUGGUCAUACACACCAACCAUCGGGCCACGGUCACACACACACGCACUCGCACUCCAGUACACACCACAAUCAUAACCAUAGUGUGUCGUCUGUCCACCACGAUGUGCUAGAUGAUCACCAUUUGAAAGGCUCCAAUGGUGUUCAUGGAAUGUUAUCUGCGGAUACCACUAUACAGGCAGGCUAUAGUUCAGAGAAUGUCAACGAGCUUUUGACCAGCGCACUCAUCGUCUUGCCGUGGGUUGCGCUUUCUUGGUACCAGAGACAGUGCGCCCAGAGCCAAAAGCUAUCUGGUGAAGGUAUACCUGGUACGACAGCGAACAUUCCUAUCGGACAAGUUGGUCAAAAGACCUGCCUUUUGACAGCGAUCACCCUCGUCCUCUUCGGCUGUGGGCAAAUACUACGGAUCAAUUACCAGAAGGCUGGCACAUCCAGGCUCUCGUCUGUCAACUUGCCGAAACUAAAUGUGAAGAGUGUCCAAGCCUCGUUUUCACAAAUUGUCUCAGUAGCACUGCCAAUAUUUGCAGCACUCAAGAUCGGAGGCUUUUUGGUUGCAUUUGCGCUACUCCUUGCGGCAGCAUCAGGAGUCCCAGCCAUCGUCAAUGGAGCCUCGCGUAUCCAAGAGAAAUACAGUCGAAAGAUUCUAUCCCUUGCUCUGUUAGCGGUGAUUUUUAUAUCGAGUUUCCUCGGGCUGAACCAUCCAUGGGAUGUAUCUCCAUUCAUUGGAUAUGCUGCCCUAUUAGGAUCUGUGUUCAUUGCCCCACCUCCGUUUCCCUCCCUCCGUCACAAUGGACCUAUUCCUGAGCCAGGCGUUGUUGCUGCACAGAGCAAGACUUCACGCUCAAGUCACUCCUCCGUUGUGGUUACAACUGAUGCGCCACUGGCAGUUAUUGGCGGGUCCUCCCUUGCACUUCUGACAAUACUUUUCAGCCGAGGAUUUAUCUUCAGUGUCUCUAGUCUGAUAUAUCUCCUUAUCCCCACGGGUAUUUUGGCUAUCUCUCUCAUCAUAUCCCUGCCCCCAAGCCUCCGCUCCCCCCGAAAGACUGGACUCGCCAUUUGCGCCGGAGCUGCAGCUUUUCUUUGUGCCCCACAUACCCAGGAUGACUUGCUUAUGGUUUAUGCCACACGAGGUAUCUUGGCCACCGCGUCUUUCUUCGCCUCCCGAAGGGAUGACAUUCAUUUGCAUCUGGAUGCGCAUGCGCAUAACAACACGCACAGCCAUUCACACUCACACACAACCUCGGAAUCCUCCCGGGUAUCAAAGUGGCUUCUCCGUAAAAGCGAACCUUAUCCGUUGCUGCACAGCAUUCUCAAAGAGAAGGAUUCUCGUAGCAUCUUCUACUUUAUGUGCCUGAAUUUCACUUUUAUGCUUAUUCAAUUAUCAUACGGGUUCCUAACCGGAUCACUGGGGCUGCUUAGUGACAGUAUUCACAUGUUUUUCGAUUGUUUUGCGCUUGUUGUUGGCUUAUGUGCCGCUGUCAUGAGCAAGUGGCCCCCGAACGCUCGAUUUCCCUACGGCUAUGGCAAGGUUGAUACUUUGUCAGGAUUUGCCAAUGGUAUUUUUCUUAUGAUUAUCAGCCUGGAGAUCGUUUACGAGGCGGUGGAACGGCUCUCAUCGGGGAGUGAGGUGCAUCGUCUAGGUGAGCUAUUGUUUGUCAGCAUUGCUGGACUCGCAGUCAACUUGGUUGGAAUAUUCAGCUUCGAGCACGGUCAUGCUCAUCACGGCCAUGAUCAUGAUCAUUCCCAUGGCAAUGAGAACAUGCACGGCAUCUUCUUGCAUAUUCUUGCCGAUACGCUUGGUUCAGUGGCAGUCGUUAUUUCAACCAUUCUCGUGCAUUACUCCGGUUGGGCCGGCUACGACCCAUUGGCCUCAUGCUUCAUCGCCAUAUUGAUUUUCGCCUCGGCCGUUCCUUUAGUUAGCAGCACGGCCAAGUCAUUGCUACUCACUCUGCCAGCGGACACCGAAUAUAAUGUUCGGGAAACACUAGCGGGAGUUAGCACUUUGAGAGGCGUGGUUAGUUAUACGGUGCCUAAAUUCUGGCUUGAUGAUACAGGAACAGUAUCUUCUGGACAUGGCCAUUCUCACGACCAUUCUGGUCAUGGGGAUUGUGGCCAUCACCAUGAUCAUAAGCAGCACCACGACCAUGGGCAUUCUCAUGAUCAUAGCCAUGAUCACGCUCACGAUCACGACCAUGCGCAUGAGAAGAAGCCUCAGAGCAUUUUCGGAGUCAUCCACGUCAUCGCGUCUCGGGGUGCAGAUUUGGAAGAUGUACGUCAACGGACCAUCGACUUCCUUCGAGAGAAAAACAUGGAUAUUCUUGUCCAGGUUGAACGGGACGGAGAUGCGCGCUGCUGGUGUGGAGGUGGGAGCAAGGGCUUUUGA